GGAAACGAUGGCAGUCACUUCAGAACGUGAAUUAAUAGUAGCAAAUGAACAUAACUGAAGUCUGUGAACAUGAAGCAAUGCCACGGAAAGGAGUCGGCUGUGUAAAUCAACUGGGAGGCUUCUUUGUCAAUGGACGACCUUUGCCCACAUGUAAGCGGGAGAGGAUCAUAGAAAUGGCAACAAACGGCAUCAAGGCAUGUGACAUCUCCAGGAUUUUACAGGUCUCCAAUGGUUGUGUGAGUAAGAUCCUGGGACGAUUUUACCAGACGGGCUCUGUGGGCCCAAAAGCCAUUGGUGGGAGUAAACCACGCCUGUCAACCCCAGAGGUUGUGGCAAGGAUUGCUCAGCUUAAGUGGAACAAUCCGUCAAUGUUUGCCUGGGAAAUCCGCGGAAAGCUGCUGUCAGAGGGAAUCUGCACCAAGGAUAAAAUUCCUAGUGUUUCAUCAAUUAAUCGAGUUCUGCGCAAUCUGCAUUCUGACCUUGCCCAAGAUGGAGCUGAUUAGAUUUACAACCCUCUGCAG